GGGUCCCGGAAGACCCUACGACCUCCGUCCCAUUGUUUGCAUUUUAGCUCGUGUUGAGGACGGCGGAGUAAAAGGCGCCAGUGUUUGGUGUCCUUCCAGAGAGAAACAUCCCAAACUGCUGCAUGAGGUUUUAAAACCAGAAACGGAGCUACAAAGAGCAGGUCGGGGAGAAGUUGAGGAGAGACACUUCAACAUGGACUCUGAGAGGAAACUGUCUGCUGGCCAGUGGAGAGCUUUACCUUCAGAUGUCCAGAAAGUGAUUGUUGGUGAAGAACAUCAGCAGGAGUGGAGCUCCAGUCUGGACCAGGAGGACACAAAGCCCCCCCAGAUUAAAGAGGAACAGGAGGAACUUCGGAUCAGUCAGGAUGAAGAGCAGCUUCAAGGGCUGGAGGAGGCUGAUGUCACCAAGUUCCCAUUCACUCCUGUCCCUGUGAAGAGUGAAGAUGAUGAAGAGAAACCUAUGUUCUCACAGCUUCAUCAAAGACAAACUGAAGAGAUAAAAACAGAAGCUGAUGGACAGGACUGUGAAGGACCAGAACCAGCCAUGAAAUCAGAUCCAGAUACACAUUCAGAACCAGAUACUGAUGACGAGACUGGAGACUCUUCUGAACCUGAGACUGAUGACAGUGCUGAUUGGAAGGAGACCAGAGAACCUCAGUCAGGUUUAAACUCUCUGAAUAAUGAUAUAUUCCCUGUUAGUGAUUCAAGAUGUACUACUGGUGAGAAACCAUUUAGGUGCUCGAAGUAUGGGAAAAGAUUUGGCACCAAUAGAAAUGUGACGAGGCACAUGAGAUCUCAUACAGGAGAGAAACCAUUUAUCUGCCCAGUUUGUAAGAAAGCUUUUACAGAGAGUGGAAAUUUAAAGAGACACAUGAGAAUCCACACAGGAGAGAAAUCAUUUAGCUGCUUAAUCUGUAAGAAAGAUUUUACAGCGCGUCUAAAUUUACAUGGACACAUGAGAACCCACACAGGAGAGAAACCAUUUAGCUGCUCAGUCUGUAAGAAAGCUUUUACAGAGAGUGGAAAUUUAAAGAGACACAUGAGAAUCCACACAGGAGAGAAACCAUUUAGCUGCUCAGUCUGUAAGAAAGAUUUUGCACAGAGUGGAAACUUACAGAUGCACAUGAAAAUCCACUCUGGAGAGAAACCAUUUAGCUGCUCAGUCUGUAAGAAAGAUUUUUCAUGGAGUGGAAGUUUACAGGAACAUAUGAGAAUCCACUCAGGAGAGAAAUCAUUUAGCUGCUCAAUCUGUAAGAAAGAUUUUACAGCGCAUCUAACUUUAUAUAGACACAUGAGAAUCCACACAGGAGAGAAACCGUUUAUCUGCCCAGUCUGUAAGAAAGCUUUUACAGUGAGUGGAAAUUUAAAGAGACACAUGAGAAUCCACACAGGAGAGAAACCAUUUAGCUGCUCAGUCUGUAAGAAAGCUUUUACAGAUGGUGGAAAUUUACAGAAACACAUGAGAAUCCACAAAGGAGAGAAAUAAUGUAGCUGCUCAAUCUGUAAGAAUGAUUUUAUACUGGGUGGAAACUUACAGGCACACAUGAGAACCCAACACGUGAGUGUUACAAGCUCCCCCCUUGUUUAGCUUCUCCCUGUCUGCUCUACUCAGGUGAUCCUGAUUUGAUCGUUAGUGGUUGGCUCCGCCCCCAACACAGUCUCACUCCCUACUCGUCAAAUGUUGUAUUUGAGGAGUUAAACAAUAAAGAUAGUUAUAAUAUUAAAAUACAGUGUCAUUUAUUUGUCUACAUUUAAACGAAUCUGCGGAAGUGACAUGGGUCAGAGCAGUGGUUCCCAACCUUUUUUCCU